UCAUUUUGUUACAGUUAGAGCUCUUUCUGCUACAUGUGAAGGAAUUAGUCGGGUUAUAUUAUGCGACGGGGGUUAAAGAUUAAUUGCGCAGUGAAGAUUACUCAUUGAGAGACAUUGUCCCUGUAACACCUGGCACACGGAGACGACACUUGUUCCGAACGGAGCUGCUCUUCGGCCAAAACCUGCGCAUUGAACUAGGCGUAAAGCUGCUGCUUGACACCUCACAUUAGCACCAUUCACAGAAGGUGUAGGUGGCUCCUGCGGAAGGAUGGUGCAGAAAUCUAUUGUAAUCGGCUUGGCGGCGUUGCUGGUGGCGGUGGUGUGCAUCUUCCUUGGGGUGUUUUUUGGGGUGGACAGGACGUCAUCAUCAUCAUCAUACUACAGCAAAGCCGCUGUUGCUGCUGAUGCAGGACCCUGCUCAGAGAUCGGCAGGGAUAUGCUGCAGAAAGGUGGCUCAGCAGUGGAUGCCUCUAUUGCUGCCCUGCUGUGUGUGGGACUGAUGAAUGCACACAGCAUGGGCAUCGGAGGAGGACUUUUCCUCACCAUCUACAACAGCUCUACAGGAAAGGUGGAGACCAUUGAUGCCAGAGAAACCGCGCCCAGGCUGGCCACGGAAGGCAUGUAUGGGAGUGACGAACUGCUUGCCCGCAAAGGUGGGUUGGCGAUUGCGGUCCCAGGGGAGAUUCGUGGGUACAGUUUGGCGCACCAGAGACAUGGCAAGCUCCCAUGGAAGGACCUGUUCACCCCCAGCAUUCAGCUGGCCCGCAACGGUUUCCCUGUGAGCCGAGCGCUAGCAGGUGCCAUCGCGAGCAACAAGGACACCAUCCUCAGCGAAGAAGCUUUAUGUGAAGUGUUUUGCGACCCGAGCAAAAAAAACAUUCUGAAGGAAAAGGACAUCAUUACAUUUCCCAAGCUGGCCAGGACCUAUGAGCAACUGUCCAUAGAGGGGCCAGAGGCGUUCUACAAUGGGACCAUGGCACAGAAUAUUGUAAAUGACAUAAAGGCCAGAGGGGGCAUCGUGUCUCUGGAGGACCUGCGGGACUACACCCCCGUCCUGGACGAGCACCCCUUGAAUUUCAGCAUGGGGGAGUACACCAUGGGCGUCCCUAAUGCCCCUUCCAGCGGUCCCAUCCUCGGCCUCAUGCUAAACAUCCUCCAAGGUUUCGGGCUCACCGCAGCAAGUGUCUCCUCCCCUGAGAAGAAGGCUCUGACAUAUCACCGCAUCGUGGAGGCCUUCCGAUUCGCCUACGCCCAGCGGAGCAGACUGGGGGACCCCGACUUCCUCAACGUCACAGAGCUGAUCAGCAACAUAACCUCGAAAGAAUUCGCCAGCGAUGUCCGGCGCAGGAUCACUGACAACAUGACACACCCAACCAACUACUACGAUCCGGAAUUCUCUCUCCCAGACAACCAAGGCACCGCCCACCUGUCCGUCAUAGCCGAGGAUGGGAGCGCUGUGGCCGCCACCAGCACCAUCAACCACUACUUUGGCUCCAAAGUACGGUCACCAACAACCGGCAUCAUCUUCAACAACGAGAUGGACGACUUCAGCUCUCCAAAUAUUACCAACCACUUUGGGGUGCCUCCGUCCCCCAGCAACUUCAUCCGUCCGGGCAAAAGGCCCAUGUCCUCCAUGUGUCCAGCCAUCUUACUGGACAAAAACAACAGAGUCAAAAUGGUGGUGGGGGCCUCGGGCGGGACCCAUAUCACCACGGCAACCGCCUUGGUCAUUCUGAACGCGUUGUUCUUCGAGUACGACCUGAAGAGGGCGGUGUCCGAACCCCGGCUGCACAACCAGCUCCUACCCAACACCACGCUCCUUGAGAAUGGCUUUGACAAGGGUGUGAUGGCUGGUUUGGAGCAGCGGAACCAUGAGAUAGUGUGGGAAAAGUUAAACGGGGUGGUGCAGGCUGUGAUGAGGAAGGAGAAUCGGCUCUAUGGCGAAUCGGACCACAGAAAGGGUGGCUACCCCGCAGGCUUCUGAGGAACCCGGACCUGAAGUACUGUUCACAUGAACCACGUGAAUCUGAACUACAACCAGGGAACCACUCUUCAAGGUCACAAAUAUGUGAUUAGAAUGUCCUUAACUGGAAAUACUGAUGCUGAUGUCACAAUCAGCACUUGCAAUAGAAAGCAAAUGGAGUUCUAGAACACUUCUAGAACUCUAUAAUUUUGCAAAAGAAAAAAAAGCAUUCCAAAGAUCCUACCCUUCAAAGGGUUAGUGUGCCAAAUUCCAUGGUGCCUUGGAGGGAGGAGGUGAUGUGGGCGGGGCUCCCUCCCUCUUCCCCCUCUCCACUUCUCAUUUUUAACAAUAUGAUGAUUAUGCUUAUGAUAAUGUCAUCUACAUUAACAUAAUUCUUGCUAUCAUCAUUAGCAAUAUUAUUUUAUCAUAAUUAUAAUUGCUGUCUUUACUAUUGCCUUCAUAAGCAUCAUCAUAAUAAUUAGGCAAAGAUUGAUAAUCUUUCAAUAGAGACGGUUUCUGCUCUUAUGUCUUGUGGGUGUAUGACAUAUGCACAUCCAACAUUCAUUGCUGGUGCAGGACUCAGAAUGAAUCAUAAAAAAGAAAUUAAUGCCUGCAUGGUUCAAUGAUUGAAAAAUAAUGAUCUGUAAUUGUCUUGAGAUUACGUGGAUGGGGAUGGGUGGUUGCUUGAGGACAAACUGUCGAACAGGGGGCAAUCUGUUCACUUUGCACUGUUAAUAAUUGUAUUUACUGCUAACCUUUUCCUCUGUUCUCAUUUAUUGGAAAUGAUUGGUCAAUGAAAAAAUCAGUCUUAUUUUUUGAAUGUAGUAUUCACCAGAUCUGCCUCUAUUUGGCUUUACAACAGUAUUUAUUACAUUUAUUUAUUAUAUCGUUGUCCUGCCAGUAGAUUUCAAUUGGGGGCAAUAAUCUGCGUGGUGAUCAUUUUCCUCGUGUGAAACAUUGUAACAUUGCCUGUCCAGACACCCAACAGACCCUUGUUGUGAUGUCACUUCCUCUUUGUGAUAAGGUGUAAACUCAGGGCUGGUUACAGAAACAGCGCUGUAUAACUGUCACUCUUACCCCUGACUGUAAUUAUGCAUGUGGCUCUCCUUCCGGCUUCUCAUUUGGCCAAUGGCAGUGCUUUGAACCAAAUUCCAGAAUUAAAUGCAUGGCCACCUGUACAUUAUUUUACCACAUUUGCCUGACACAUUUUUCUUUUUCUUUUUUUAAAUUAUCAUUAUUUCUGUCAGGACCACUGUCAUCAAGUAGAACUUUAUGGACAAUAAAGGCAAUACAGUUAUGUUUGGCGGUAUGGCUCUGUUCUGGAGCUCUCCCGCCAACCACGCAGCCUGCGUGGAUAAGGCCGGGAGGCCAGCAGCCAAACCCCCCCUAGAGGGGUACACACAGAACAGAUCCAGCAGCAAAGCAGUUUUUAACACAUAUGAAUGGAGCAAAUGUAAUUUCUUAACACAUAAGGAUGGAGCAAUACAACUUCUUAACACAUAGGAAUGGAGAAUGCAAAUUCUUGACGCAUGGGGAUGGAGCUGGGGUGGUGGAGGGGAUUUACGAAGCAACGUGCAGCGCUUGCAUGCAGGAGGAGCAGCCGAAUGAGUAGAGGGAGGCUGUUUAAGUAGACCGCCCUGUUAGUGAAUGUACUGUGAUAGGCGAACAUCACUCAGCUGAGCCAUCAGCUGAUUCGGCCAGAGCGCUUGACUCUCGUGACCUGCCAGAACUACGCGAUGCUCCAUUUUUACUUGUAGAGAUUUUUCCUCCAUUAAUCAUUACUUUUAGACAUGGGAGUAAAUGCUUUGUUGGAUGGUUUACAGAUUACAAAAGAUACUCUCCUGUCCAGCCAUCCCAGUGAAUGCAAAGGCUGUUCUCAGUGCUGGCUUGGAGCCAGCAAGACGCAUUAAACAAACUCAGGAUUGAGUAAACUUCA